CCACGGAUCCUGAAUGGAGGCCCACGGUUCAGCCCGAUUGUCCAGGAAGAGAAAGAGAGAAGGUUCAAAUGGAGAGGCAGAGGAGGGCGAGAAACUGCUGAAGAUAAAACGAUGCACAGUGGGUCUGAAAUACCCGGCUCCGUACGCAGAUCAGCUCGAGUCAAUGGAAGAGAAGCCAUAUCAGCGCGUCACCAUGGAGGAAGCUCGCAAAGGCACUCCACCUGACAGACCUGUGCGGGUGUACGCUGAUGGCAUCUUUGACAUGUUCCACUCAGGACAUGCCCGCGCUCUCAUGCAGGCUAAAUGCCUUUUCCCAAACACUCAUCUUAUUGUUGGCGUGUGUAGUGAUGACCUCACACACCAGCUAAAGGGCUUCACCGUCAUGAACGAGGAUGAACGCUAUGACGCGGUCAGUCACUGUCGCUAUGUGGACGAGGUGGUCCGGAAUGCUCCGUGGACUCUAACGCCCGAAUUCCUCACCAAGCAUCGGAUUGACUUUGUGGCCCAUGAUGAUAUCCCAUACUCCUCAGCAGACAGUGAUGAUGUUUACAAGCACAUCAAAGAAGCAGGAAUGUUUGCACCAACCCAACGGACAGAGGGCAUUUCUACCUCUGACAUCAUUACACGCAUCGUACGAGAUUAUGACGUGUACGUCAGACGUAAUCUUCAGCGUGGCUACACUGCAAAAGAGCUAAACGUCAGCUUCAUCAACGAAAAGAAGUACCACCUUCAGGAGCGUGUGGACAAAGUCAAGAAGAAGGUGAAGGACGUGGAGGAGAAGAGUAAAGAGUUUGUGCAGAAGGUGGAGGAGAAGAGCAUUGACCUGAUCCAGAAAUGGGAAGAGAAGUCCCGCGAGUUCAUCGGCAACUUUCUGCAGAUGUUUGGACCUGAGGGGGCAUUGAAGCACAUGUUGAAGGAGGGUAAAGGGCGAAUGCUUCAGGCCAUCAGUCCGCGGCACAGUCCCAGCAGCAGUCCCACACGUGAGCGUUCCCCAUCUCCAACCUUCCAUCUGCCCUUCUUCACCAAAACCUCCCCGCCCUCCUCACCCUCCUCACAUCACCGCAGCGCCCUGUCCGGCUACACCUACACCGCCCGCGGACAGGCCAUCAGCGAAGACGAGGAGGACGAUGAAGACUAGAGUGCCACAGCACACCACACAUCUGUCUUCCAAUACCGGUAAUCCAACCUCAUAAACAAAACAAUCCUUUCACGACCCAUUGGUUUCGCUCUCUGUAUUAUGAAGGGUUAAAAUGAGUUUUUAAGUCAUUGUCAGCGAUGGGAUGUGAGUAUUCAAACUCGAAUCAUGCUGGAUUGGCAGGGCUUUUUUGUGUUUUAAAAUGAGUGCACAUGGUAUUAAUGCAUUUCAUUUUUGUUUUAAGUUCGCAUUUAAUGUUGUAGUCUAUAAUUGUUAGACAUCCCAUAAGUCAUGUGUCUCUUGGAAUGGCUGAGAUUUGAUGUCUAAUGUUGAAAACACAGCAAGGCACCAUAAGAUAAAUGCAUUUGUUGUCUAAAUACAAGAGCUAAAAGAAAACUAUUUGUAUCGCAAGGUGCAUAAUCAGUGUUGCUGUGAAUAAUAAUUCUGCAAAUUAGAAAAAUAUGCCAAUGUUAUACAGGCAUGACUGAGUGGAAAAUGAUAGUUUGCCUACUUGAAUUUCGUGUGUCAUGCUUUAGUAAAGGUCAGAAUUACAAAUUUGAACACUGGUUUUCAAAUAUGUAUAUACUUGAUAACA